AUGAUGUGCCGUUGCAUGUGGCUGUCAUUGGCACUGCCUCUGCUCUCCUGCCCUCUCGCAUAUGCCCAAAGCUCCUGUUCUCUCCUGGCUUACACGGUGCCUGCCGGUUUCCCAACCAGCCUAUUUCCCUCGUACUAUAUUCCCCCUUCCCCAAGUCAAGAGCCCCAACCCAUUCUUUUUGACCCGGCACUAAACUAUACCUUUCCCCUCGAAUUGACAAACCAGACAAACAUCCCGCAGGAAAGUGAAGAUCCCGUCUACUAUCCCACGCCCCUCUAUUCAGUCACAAACGGGAGUGCGAUUGUGGCCAAUGCUAUCAGCCAAGUCAACUCCAUCCUGGCAACCAAUGCGACAAAUUGCACCAAAUGUCUCUCGGCAUUGGAAGUCGGCCAGUAUGUCGCGCAGCGGGUCCCAUCCAUGGUCCCAGAUUUGCUGGUCCAGUUGUGCAUCAGCAGCGGCUUCAUGUCCAACACGAGCUGUCAUCAAAAUUACGACGCCGAAAACUUUGGCGCCGUCUACACCCAAGUUCUCGCCCUAGGCAACAUGUCUGGAUCUGACGGCCAGUAUCUGUGCAACUAUGUGAGCGGGAACUUCUGCCCUCGUCCGUUCACCCUUCCCUCCAAUACAACGGGCUAUUUUGGUCCAAAGCCUGCCAAUAUCACAGUGCCGAAACCCAGUGGCAACAGAGUCAAAGUCAUCCAUAUGAGCGAUUUUCAUAUUGAUCCGAGAUACGAUGUUGGCUCCGAAGCAAACUGCACCAGUGGGUUGUGUUGCCGUUCCAACAACCCCACGAGUGCUUCCGGUCAACUGGAAAUCCCCUCACCACUAUACGGGUCAUUCAGGUGCGACAGUCCUUACUUCCUUCUGACGUCGGCCCUGGAGUCGAUCGGACCCUUGACUGGCACGACGUUCAACAACAAGUCCGAAAACGACCAAUUCGCCUGGGGUAUUUACACUGGCGAUUUGGUUUCUCAUGAGUCCCAGAACGAGCUGUCCAACAACUACACCGAAUACGCCGAGGUCUCGAUCUAUCACAUGAUCAAGUCUUAUAUUCCUAGCGGCCCCGUCUUCGCCGUGCUCGGGAACCACGAUAGCAACCCUGACGGCAUUGAUUCUCCGCACACCUUGCCAGGAAAUCUGGGCCAGCAACAGUCUUGGAACUGGAACCAUGUCGCUUCGCUGUGGCAGCAGAACGGCUGGAUUAGUGCCGAGGCCGCAAACGAGGCCCGCAUGCAUUACGGGGCUUACAGUAUCAACCAUCCGAAGUACCCUCAGUUGAGGAUCAUUACUUUCAACACGGACUUCUGGUACCGAAGCAACCUCUUGAAUUAUAUUAACACUACGGAUCCGGACAACAGUGGAGUUUUCAAAUUCGUGGCGCAAGAGCUCGCAGACGCCGAGAGCAAAGGGGAACGCGUCUGGCUUCUUGGGCAUGUCUUGUCCGGCUGGGAUGGUUCCAACCCGAUUCCCAACCCUACAGAUCUCUUCUACCAGAUGGUUGACCGAUACUCUCCACAUGUGAUUGCCGGUGUCUUCUUCGGCCACACUCAUGAAGAUCAGUUCAUGAUUUACUACAGCAAUAACGGCACCACUCAAGAUGCCGCGCACGCCGUCAACGUUGCUUGGAUCGGGCCGAGUGUGACGCCCCUCACCAAUCUGAACUCCGGCUACCGCAUGUACGAGGUGGACACGGGAGAUUUCUCCAUCUAUAACGCCUAUACGUAUUACGCCAACGUGAGCGCGUUUACAACCCUCAACCCUGCCCAAACCGGCCCCGUCUGGAAUUUUGAAUAUUCUACCAGAGACACAUAUCAAGUCGGGUGGCCUGAAGAUGCGCCUCUCAACGCUACAUAUUGGCAGAAAGUCACCGAGGCCAUGGAGGCAAAUCAUACGCUGGUGAGCAUCCACAACACUUUCCAGGGGAAGACGAGUGUCAUGAGUCCCAACUGCACGAGCAACGCCUGUGCGGCAGCCAAGAUCUGUUACAUGAGAAGCGGGAAUGUCGCAUUGGGUAGGGAGUGUCCUCAAGGAUUCGGCUCCGUACAGAGCCCCUUCACCGGGAAGAACUUCUAA